CCAGCCAGCUAGGAUAAAUAACUUUACUGCGCAGGUUUCCUUAUAUCUAUGCGCGUAGGAAUUCCCGCUCAAAUUCAAAAGCGAGAGUAAACAGUUUAUAACUGGUUAGGUGUUAGGUUGUUGGAGUUAGAAUUAUGGAGCGUUUGAAGAAAGACGUUCAUCCUUCUUUGAACGAUUCAGCGAUUUUAGCUUUAAAUAGAAAUGGAAUAUUCACAGCAAGAGAUUUCAUUAGUUUCGAUUCCCAGAAAUUAGCUAAAAUUUCACUUUUACUUUUCAAGGAAAUCCUUGAAAUUAAAAAAAUAUUGUUGAAAAAACAUGCAGCAAUUUCAGAAAACGGAUAUGAUUGUUACCAGGAUCUAUUGAAAAAUUCAGCUUUGAUACCUUCUGGCAUUCAAAGUGUUGAUGAAUUCUUGGAAGGUGGAUUACUCACCAGCAAUAUUUACGAAAUAUAUGGCAGAGCUUCAUCUGGCAAAAGUUUAUUGGCAUAUAUUUUCAUGAAAAACCUUGUUUUGAAAAUGAAACAGAAAUGCUUCUUUCUCGAUUCAAAAAAUGAUUUUAGUGCUGAAAAGUUUUAUUCAUUGUGUGGAGACUAUCUCCAUGAAGAAGUGAUGAAUGGUCUUUCAAGAAUAUUCAUCAAAUCCAUAAAGAAUAAAUUUGAUUUAUUGAACAGUUUGCAAGAGAUAUCAGAAUAUCUUGAGAAAAAUAGUACAAUUUCGAGAUUAAUAGUUAUAGAUUCUUUGGUUGGCGUAAUUUCAAAUCAUAAUGAUCAUUCCUUGAACAACUUGUUUCUAACACAUUUAGCAAAUAUUAUGCACUUUAUUGCAACUAAAUACCAUGUUGUAAUUCUUGUUAUAAAUUUAAUGACUACUUGGGUGGAAGGGGAUUUUGCUGUACAAAUUCGAGAAAAAGAAAUAGUCUCUUGUGGCAGAUAUUGGUACACAAUUCCCAAUACUAGAAUCAAAUUAGAAAGAGAGCUCCAAAAUUUGAAACUUAGUAUUGAAAAAAGUAAUACAUUUCCAUCGAAAACUUGUUUGGUAGAUUUUAGUGAAAUUGUAGACCAUGUAAAAUAAAUAGUUUUUUGAGGA